AUGCUAGUCCCUGCGAUUGUCCUUCUUGGUGCAAUAUACCUAACCUUCAAGGUCCUGCGCUCACUUCAACAAGCUUACAGCGACCGCAAAAAGGCCAAGGCGCUGGGAUGUCAGCCCUCCAAGGUGGUCCCUACAGGUUUCUUAGGUAUCACGGGUUUUAUCCGCAUCGUCAAGGCCGCUCGGGAAAAGCGAUGGGUUGAAUACAUCGCCGAGCACUACCAGUCGUAUGGGUCUACCUUCCAUCAGACAGCGUUGGGCGGACUCAUCAUCCACAACACGAUCGAGCCCGAGAAUAUCAAGGCUGUGUUGGCAAUCCAGUUCCAGGAUUUCAGCCUAGGGACCCGGCAUCGGGAGUUCUACCCUUUACUGGGAAAUGGGAUUUUUACACUAGACGGAGCUGGCUGGUCUCAUGCACGCGGUUUACUGAGACCACAAUUUACCCGUGAUCAGGUUGCUGAUCUAGAUCUCAUGGACGGCCACAUCUCGAAGAUGAUCAACCUGAUACCGAAGGAUGGCUCUAGCUUCGACAUCCAGCGGCUCUUUUUUCUCUUGACGAUUGACUCCGCAACACAUUUUCUAUUUGGCGAAUCCGUUGGAUCGAUGCGUACUUCCACCGAGGCUAGUCUUCUGGAAAAGUCUGCCGUUGGGAGCGCUCAAGGGUUCGCCGAGGCAUUCAAUCUGGCCCAGGAAUACCUAGCAUCAAGGUCCAGAGCCAUGGCUUUCUAUUGGAUGGUCAAUCCCAAAGAGUUCCAGGAAGCUAGCCGGCUUGUACACGAGGUUGUCGACCAUUAUGUGCAGCUUGCCCUCGAGUCGAGGCGUCACCCCGAGAAGAAGGAAGCGGGCAGGUAUAUCUUCGCAGAGGCGUUGGCUGCGGACAACGACGAUCCGAGAGUGCUCAGAGAUAAUAUGCUUAAUAUCCUCCUGGCUGGCCGCGACACUACUGCCAGUCUGCUUAGCUCGGCCUUUUUCUACCUAGCACGCCACCCAAAUGUCUGGACCCGACUUCGUCGGACAAUUGUCCAGGAGUUUGGAGAUGCCCAACGCCCCGAAGGAAAGAUCACACAUGCCAGGCUGAAGGAUACCCCAUAUCUGCGGUAUUUCUUGAACGAAGUUCUUCGCCUCUUGCCUCCCGUGCCUCUCAACUUCCGCGUCGCAGUCAAGGAUACUUCACUACCAUUGGGCGGUGGCCCCGACCAAAAGUCCCCCGUCUACGUUCGCAAGGGAGAGCUUGUCGCAUAUAGCGUGUACGCCAUGCAUCGCCGGACCGACCUAUACGGCCCAGAUGCCCACAUCUUUCGGCCAGAACGUUGGGAAGAAAACAGCAAGCGAGGUUGGGAUUACCUGCCUUUCAACGGUGGACCACGCAUCUGUCUUGGCCAGCAAUAUGCGCUCACUGAAGCUAGUUACACGCUGGUCAAACUGCUGCAACGGUUCGACAGAAUCGAAAAUGCCGAUCCCGACUUGAUGGAGCCUAUCAUUCAAUCCAGUCUCACAUUGUCGCAUGACCGCGGUGUGAAUAUUCGACUGUAUUCAUCGGAGAUGGAGUAA